GCUAUGGAUGUUGAACAUAUCAUGUGAUCAUAGAUAGAGCAAGCGUAUUAACUAGUUAUGGAGUUUGUUUAUUUCAUAGUAAGGAGCAAAUUUCUUGUACCACUGAUAUUGCUUCUGCUAAUCUCUGUGGGGUCCGGUUUUGAUUCUACUGACGAAGAUCAGAAAGUUGGAACCGUUAUCAGUCCCUAUGUUACGAGCUAUUUGAACUUUACAGCGGCAAAAAUUGAUGAAAUAAUAUGUUAUUAUAAGAGGUUUUUGCAUUUCGUAGCUGAAGAUAUAGUUCCUUGGAUUAAAGAUCGUUAUGUCAAUAGACAUUGGAACUUUACAGCGGAGACAACAUUACAAGAAGUCAUUGCUUCUGUUAGGAAUUUUGAUAUUUUCUUAGUAGAUCAAAAGUUCAAAGAAUAUUCAUACUUGUUUGUCUUCAAUGGUUUGAUCAUUCUGAGUGUUUGGUACUAUCUUUCACCACCAACUAAGAGGAUGAAAGUCACCAGGAGAAAGCACAAGAUACCCAAGGCAGCUUUGAGAAAAACCUCCGUUUUUAUUUCUAAAAACUCAGAGAAAACAAAAGCAACAUAGGAGACUGCACGGUGGUGACGGUUGGCUGCCGUGGUGGUGGUGACAUAUCCAUAAAAUAAAAUAAAAAACAUACUUACAUUACGUCGAGGUAAUGUGUGUAAUCGGAAUUUUUAGUAAUUACAUUUCAAAUAAAUCUCUUUUCUUUGUACGAUCUAGUUUUUGUUGUUCGGAAAUUAUUCUUAUAAAGAGGUUCUACUGUCUCA